AUGGCACCUACACUUCGAGAGCGAAAGGCUGGUCCUGAUGGCACCAAGGUCACCCUAGGCCAAGACGCCCCCGUAACCCGCGAAGGCCCCGGCGUGGUGCAAUCCGAAUCGCUCGCCGCCCAAUCCCUCCACUCCGGCGGCGAGUUCUCCAACAACCGCUCCUCCGAGACGGAAGCCAUCUCCGGCUCGGACCUCAAGACGCAAGCCGGCCGCGGCGGCGAAGACUCCAACGGGGCGCCCGCGCCCAACUACGUGGUGGACCAGUACCUCACCGGCAAGGGCGGCCCGCACGGGAAGAACAUCAAGGAGGGGAUUGACGAGUCGGAGCUCAGGGGCAAGGAGAGCGAUGGGCUGCAGAAGGCGCUGAGGGCGGAGCCGGGGAGCGAGAAUGAUCCGAGCCGGUUGGCGGAGGAGAGGAUGCUUGAGAGGGAUACGUUGAGGGCGGAGGGGAGUGGGCCGAGACAGGGUGGUGUUGAGGGGGGGACGAAGUAUGAUGGGUUGGAGAAUGAGGUUUCUUCGUGA